AUGGAGGACGCGCAGGGCAAUGAAAGGGAAUCGCAAUCGAAAUCUCGCCAGCGGUUACCAUCGCUGGCGGAAAGAUUAGGGGACGAUCGUGACGUCAGCAGGUGGUUGGCGGAAGUGGAGGAGGCGGAUACUUUGGCGGAGCUGCUGCUGGGGAAGCUGGCAGCGUUGCGCGGGGAGGCGGGCGGAGCGGCGGCACUCGCCGCGGCGGAGGCAGCAGCGGCGGAAGCUGCUUCCGCCGCUGCGGCAAAGGCGGAGGCGGAAGCGGUGGCGGCGGCAGCAGCAGCAGCCGCCGCCGCGGAAGAGAAGGCAGGCGGGGGAUGGUUCAGCGGGUUGGGGAGUCUGUUGGGGGGUGAGAAGGAAAAGAAGGCGGAAACGGCGAGGGGAAAUGCGGAGAGAGCGCAAGGUCAGCGGAGAUCGGCGGAGGCGCAAGGGCAAGGGGGAGCGACAGGUGCUGGCAGAGCGCAGGGCGCGGCGUUGGGCCAACGACCGGGGGUGGGAGGCGCAGGCGCAGGGGCGGGGAAUGCGGGGAAGGCGGAGAGAUUUACGCGGCGUGACGUGGCAUGGCUGAUGGAGGGGAGCCUGGCGGCGGGCAACGUGGCACUCAGCUAUUCGCUGCUGAAUGCGUGCAAGACGUCCGCUUUGGCGCUCAAUGCGGGCGCGCCUGGGCAAGCGCGUGCGCGCGUGUGGCCCGCGGUGGGCGUGCGCCUAUACGCGGCGAUGGUGAGGGGGCUGGCGGCGCUGCUGCGAGUGGCGGACGCCGUGGCGCUGGUGGGGGAGGUGCAGCGGCGAGGCGUGCCCGAGGGGGACCGAGAGGUGUCCUUUGGAGUGACAGUGGACUGCCCCACGUGCCGCAAAGCCUUUUCUGUGGUGCAGCCGCAGCAAGGCCGGCAGGUGGUGGGGUGUGCGGGGUGCAAGUACGAGUACGAGCUGGUGUCAGGGGACCUCAUCUCCUGCGACUCUGAAUCCCUCAUUGACUCUGCCCCCAUACUAGACAAGGUGCUCCGCUUUGUGCGCAUGAAACGGGGUGACCCACCAGUGGCAGUGCACAGCGUGGUACUGAAAGCCCCUGACGGCACGUCGCAGAUCAACACCUUUGCCACCGUCACCCCCUCCGUGCCUGCUCAAUCCGGGGAGCGAAUCACCAUCGCCUGCGCUGCCCCCUCCUUCUCCUCCUCCCUCGCCUCCUCCCUCUCCUCCUCCCUCCCCUCUUCCUCGUCCGCUUCUCGAAAAUCCUCCGCUUCUAAGCGGAAAAUAGCGGGGGUAUUUCCGGCGCCGGCGAAUAGAACCCCGGGGUGGAACCCGAGUGAGCCCAUGGCGCUGACCAAUCAUGUGACGCGGCAGACGCUGGCGUUACUGCGCGCGCCGCCCAAGGCCACUAGAGACAGCGGCAGCCUGUCGCUACCGCCCUGGGUGCUGCCUCUAGGCGGCGCACUGGUGGCGGCGAACGUGGUGGGGGCGGCAGCAGUGAGCAUGGGGAUAAUGGAGCCAAACGCGAUCACAGAUGGGACGAUGGGGAGUGUGGUGGGGUGGGUGGCUGCUGGUGGAGCAGCAACAGGCGGAGCGUACAACUUUCUGCUCCUGCCGAAGCUAAGAGAGCUGCCAGGCAGUGUGGUGGAUGGCAUGGCAGUGCGGCAGCAGCUGUUGGAGCAGCAUGCAGCGUUGAGACAGAGGCUAGAGGCGCUCUCUGCUGCUGCUUCUGAGGAGGUGCGCAUGCUAGCGCGCAUGUGUCAGCUGCAGAACAAGAUGCAGUCCAUCGGCCAGCCAUCCACCUACAGUGCGCGGUGGGAGAGGGUGGUGGCAGCUCGCAAGGGGCUGGACCAGCGGCUGCUGGCGCGAAUCAACCUCGUGGACAGCUACGCCAAGGUGCUAUCAAUGAUAGAGAUAGAGGUGGAGAUGGAUGCAGACGUGCCCACGGCAGAGGCAGCAGGGGCUGCGGCGAGCAUAGCGGACCAGAUCGAGCGGCUGAUGGAGGUGGAGAGCUUGCAGAAGGAGUGGAAGCAGCAGGCGGAGGUGAACGAUCAGUUGGAGCGGCUGCUGAGGAGCGCGCCUGCUCUGCCCGACUCCGCCUCCUGGCAGAGCUGA